GAGUCUUCCAACGUCAGCAGUCCAUCACGGACAACAGCAUGAAGACACGUGUUGACAGUGUCAAGUAACAGGUUGUUAUGACUCACGAGGCUGUGGAGCAUUUAAGGAUGCCCAACCUAACGCUUUUUUCUUACUUUAACCUCACAAUGUUCAUAAACAUCGGCCCGUACCGCUACCCAGCACUGGUGUUAUUCCUCCUCCUCUACGUCUUCAUCGUGUGCGCCAACUGGGCCGUCCUGGUGACCAUCUGCCACGAGAAGACCCUUCACGAGCCCAUGUACAUUUUUGUGGCCAGCUUGUGCUUCAACGCCUUGUACGGCUCCACGAGCUUCUUCCCCCGCUUCCUGCAGGACCUGGCGUCCGACGUUCACCUGAUCUCGCGCGCGGCCUGCUUCACACAGAUCUACUUCAUCUACACGUAUGCAGCCAACGAGAUGACCACGCUGUGCGUCAUGGCCUACGACCGCUACCUGGCCGUGUGCCAUCCGCUGCACUACCCCACCAGGAUGACGGUGAAAAAGGCCCUGAGCCUGGUUGGCUUGGCGUGGCUCAUCCCCGCCGCCUUUCUCACAAGAAACAUCUCCGGGUUGGCCAAGCAGCCCCUGUGUGGCAACAAGAUCCACAAGGUGUUCUGCGCAAACUGGAAUGUGGUCAGUCUGUUAUGCGGGUCCAUGGAGUUUAGAAAUAAGUCCGGCAUAUCCGUUACCACGUUUGGCAUUUUCCUACCGUUGGUCUUCGUUCUCUACACGUACAUGCGCAUCAUAAUUGCCACCUGGAGACAUUCUGCAAAAUUUAAGGGCAGUGUUUUCCAGAGCUGUUUGCCACACAUGGUGUCUUGUGUUAGUUAUUCCAUCACCAUGUUUUGUGAUGUAGCCCUGAGUAGGUCCAAUCUGGAGGAGAUGAAUCCCUUCCUUGUCAUCAUUUUGUCUUUGGCGUUUGUGAUGAUUCCGCCAGUUCUCAACCCUCUAGUGUAUGGCUUGAAACUAUCACGUAUACGCAAACACAUCUUCAAAAUAGUGUGAGAUUGUGGAAGUCAGUGCUAACUAAAAGGAGACC